AUGCCUACUCGACCCUCGGAUGAGUCGCCGCUUCCCCAACCACCACCGGUGGUACCAUCGCAAUCGGCCCACUCAUACAACUUACAUCCUCACCGGCAUGCUACGGUCGCGGGGCUGCCUGACCGGUCUCUUCCCGCUCGUCCCCGGACGCCGCUGCGCGCAGCGACUGCGCCCAUUCCUAUCACUCACCCGGCCGUGCAGAGCCGUGUCAGGUUCGAUGAGCACCGGAAGCCGAGUCAUGAGCAGCUCUCCUAUGCCGCCGAGUCUCUGUUCGUUGUUUCGGAAAACGGAAUCCGCGUUCCAUUUGGGGACUUGUGGCGCGAGAGAAAGACAAUCGUUUGCUUCAUACGGCACUUCUGGUGUCCACAUGACCAAGACUACAUGCACUCCGUCGCGAGAAAUGUCGAUCCAAUCACCCUCAAGCGAGCGGGCGUCGACCUGAUAUUCGUCGGCAAUGGUUCUGCGGCGAUGAUCAAGAGCUACCGUCAUAUAUGGAAGCUUCCGUUUUCGGUCUACACUGAUCCCUCGUGCCGCUUGUACGAGGCGCUGGGCAUGACGCUUCGUACCAAUGACCCGGGACCGGAGUUCCAGCGUGGCGAGUACAUCCGUCAUGGCUUGGUGGGUGGCAUCGCUAUGGUCGUAGUACAUGCUUUGCGUGUGGGGAUGCCUGUCUUCGAGAAGGGCGGAGAUGCCAUGCAGCUCGGCGGCGAGUUCAUAUUGGGGCCCGGGCUGACCUGUGAUUUCGCACACCGCAUGCGGACCACACGAUCUCAUACGCCCAUCGCUCAGAUAUUGGCCGCAGCCGGU